UAACCUCUCUCCCUCCCUGAGCAUGAGAUGAGAGAGAGCCUCAUCACAUCCGCACAUCCCAUCCACAACACAUCGCAUCCACACAUCCCGCAGUCUGUAUUCUUGCCGCCUCCUCUCACCAUCGCUUGCAUUCAUCACAUCCGCCAUCGAAUUAAGACUACUUGAUUUCCGCCGCCAGCUUCCCGCCGAUUAUCCGUUACUUUCAUUAUCCUCUCCGCUUCGAACUCGCGCCGCUCCGCUGUUCCGUCGUUGUGCCGGCAGCUGGUGCGGCAGCGCCUGGAUCUCAGAGGCGCGACCUGCCGCGGCAGAGCUUUCGCGCCUCCCCCCCCCCCCCCCCCCUCUCUCCCCUCCUCCUUGUCUAAGUCUUUUCUGGUGAGCGCGUCGCCAUGCCGCAUUCCCUGGCGCGUUCGGCGCUGGGUACGCGGCGGCGCGGCGUGGGAAAGGCGGUGCUGGGGACGGCGUGGGUGGCGGGGUGGUUGGGGCUGUGCGUGUGGGUGGUGUGGUUCGCGCACCGGCAGGCGGCCGGCCCGCGACAGGAGGCGAUCCAAUUGUGGUGUCGCGCGCGCGUGCGAUACCUCCAUCAGGACAUGCGAUCCGCCGUUGCGCGCGCCGAGGAGUCCACGGGGCUCAUGAAGGUGUUUGCCAGCUUCGGCCCGCGCAGCAGCAGCAACCUGCAGUACUGGGGCCUGGCGGGGUGCGUCAACAACGCAUCGCUGCAGGCAUACGCGCAGCACGCGGACCAGAUCGCCAACUACAGCAGCAGCUGCCCCGUCCUGGUGCUCAACGAAGGCGACAGGGCGACGGUGGAGGCAAUCAUGGGGUACGAGGUGCGCUCCGUGCUGGGGCUGCGCGCGCCCAGGAGGGACCUGUACAUAGUCACCCUCUGCGGCAGCACGGGGCAGGGCUUCUCCCUGCCGCCGCUCACCGACUUCGCCCCCCUCCUGCCGCCUGUCAUUCUCACCAACCUGUACUCCGGGAAGGCCAGUGCCGGCCCUCCUAUCUUCACCGACCCCGGAUACGUAGCAAGUGUGUUUGGCAUCCCCAUCUUGCGCCACCCGCUGCCGCCCAACGCAUCGCCGCAGCAGAUGAGGGAGAGCAUCAGCACGGGAUGGGCGUCUGUGAUUCACCUCGAGUGGCGCGCCCGCGACAUACUCAACAUGCUUGAAAGCGGUGGCGGCUUGUAUUCCUUUGCGAUGUACGACAGCACGCAGCCAGGCGAGCUGGUGCAGAUCCUGGGCCCGCAGCACCUGCGCCUGGAGAGCGGCCCUCUUCUGCAGCUCGUGCUGCCCGAGCCCACUGUGCCGCCUGCCGACCAUGUGGAGCCCUUCCCCGAGGGGCUCUUUGGCCGCACCUACGAGGCGCACUGCAGCUUCCAGGGCGCGUACCCCACGUGGGAGCUGGUGUAUGCGCCCGUGCUGCUGGGGCUGCUGGUGCUGCUGGUGGCGCUGCUGCUGUCCACGCUGAUAGCCGUGCUGGCAUGGAAGAGGAGGCAGCUGGCCGAGGGCGUGCGCAAGAUGGCGCUGUGCACGGAGGCGCUGGAGCGGGCCGAGCGCAACAAGAGUGAGACGGUGGCCAACCUCUCGCACGAGCUGCGCACGCCCAUCAUCGGCAUGAUAGGGAUGAUCGAUGUGGUGCUAGAGUCGGCGUUGGAGGAGUGGCAGCGGGCGGACCUGAGGGAUGCGAGUGCGUGUGCGGGCGAGACGGUGCACCUCAUCAACCGCGUCCUCGACCUCGCCAAGCUGCAGGCCGGCCGCCUGCAGCUCGAGGCAGUGCCGUGCUGCCUGCCGCGCAUUGCGCAUGAUGCCAUCGCACUGGCCGCACAGGAUGCAUCUUCAAAGGGGCUAAUAGUGACAUGCCACGUGGAUCCAAGCGUUCCGGAAGUGCUCAUGGGUGAUCCAACCCGGCUGGCACAAGUCGUGGGCGAGCUGACAGCCCAUGCUGUGAGCAGCACUCUGUCGGGCCACGUGGCCUUCCAUCUCUGGUGCAUCGCCCCUCGUCCGCACACCCCUCGUCCGCACACCCCCCCCGCGCCACCUUCAUCAGACUAUGCUACUGCCACCCCUUCCCACACUCCCCAUUCCUGCCAUUCAUCUCAAGCCUCUCGCGCCCCUCCAGCCCCUCCACCCGCAUCAGCAUGGCAUCAGCUGGCUGCCUGCGUGCGCCGCUUCCCUCCGCCCACCCGCCUGGCCUGCACCCCGCAGCCCCUGGCAGCGAGCCAGGGGGGGGGCGCUGGCAGAGGCGAGAGGGAGGGCGGGAGGGGGGUGGGAGGAAGAAAAUCAAAGAGGAGGUGGGGGGUUGGAGAAGGUUGGGGCGGACGAGGGGGUGUGAGCGAGGGGGCAGAACAUAGGGGUGGUGUGGCAGGCGUGUGGGGAAAUGGCAUGGGGGCUACGAGUCUGGUUGAGGCACAAGGUGUCCUGCAACAAGGGCGACAUGGUGCGAGCACAAGAAUUGCACGCACAGGAGAUGCAGCACCCACAGGAAAUGCGAGCAGUUCAGUGAAGGGGCGGGGUGGCGGAGGACGGUUGGAGAGGGAAGUGGCGGCAUGGGUGGAAGGGGCGUGCAGGGCGAGAGGCGAGGGCGAGUGGAUGGUGGUGAUGGCGUGUGAGGACACGAGCGGUGGUAUACCACCAGAGGAGAUGCAGUGGGUGCUGGACCCAGAUGGCCACUCGCCCCACCCACCACAGGCCUCUGCUGCUGCUGCUGCUGCUGCUGCUACUACUGCUGCUGCUGGUGCUGCUGCUGGUGCUACUACUGCUGCUGCUGGUGCUGCUGCUGCUGCUACUACUGCUGCUGCUGCUGCUGGCGAUGGUGAUGGCGCUGCUGGAGCUGGUGCUGGUGGUGGGUGGGGAGGUGACAGAGGCAGCAGGAAGAAGCGACAAAGUGUUGUGCCAAGGGCGAGAGGCACAGCGGCCCCUCUGUCUGACGAUCAGCAGGCAGCGGCCCGCCCCCCUUGGACGCCCUACCCGGUCCGCUUCCUCCUUUCCACCUCCCUCGUGGCUGAGAUGCGGGGCACCAUGGCAGUGCUUUCAGAUGCCGCCACAGGCACCACCAUUCUGCUCGCGCUGCCCAUGGGGGGAGUCGGGAGCGCUCGCAGCAGGGGGGGUGCUGAGGGGGAUGGUGAUGAGGAGGGGUUGGUGGCAGCAGUGGCGGCAGGGCAGCAGGUGGCGGGCUCUUGCGGCCUUGGCGGGUGCACGCCUUGUGAUGCCGCUGCUGCGGUGGAGCCAGCAGCACUGCAGCACGCAUCACGGGGGCGGUCUCUCUCCUUACUAACUGAGAGCAUGGGGGCCAGCGUGCGGGGUGGGAUGGCGGCCACGGAGAAUGCGGAGGCGGCGGUGCGGGGUGUGAUUGCGGGGCAGUGGGUGGUGGUGGUGGAUGACAACGCGGUGAACCGCAUGGUGGCGCGCAGAAUGCUGCAGGGCUACGGGGCACACGUGCUGCUGCUGCAGUCAGGGGAGGACGCCCUGCACGCGCUCUCCACCCGUGCUCCUUCCCCGCCCCUCCACCUGCUGCUGCUGGACCUCCACAUGCCUCCCGGCAUCGAUGGAUUCGAAACGGCUCGUCAAAUUCGUGGCAUGGAGAGAGGUCAGCAGGUGCCGAGCGUGGAAGGGCCAACAGAAGCUGCUGGGCUGGAGAACCAAGGCACGGAGGUAGGAAGGAGGCGGAAGGGCCUUUGCAUCAUAGCGCUGACUGCAGACUUGGAUGUGGGAGUGAAGAAGGCGUGCCUGGAGGCGGGGAUGGAUGGAGCAGUGAGAAAGCCCAUAGUGGCUCACGAGCUGCUUGCAGCACUCACAGGCGCUGGAUUUGGAGUUGUUGCGCCUACGGAACAGCACUUGUUGUGUCACAGUCAAUCACUGUGAUUCCCUGAAAACUAGUAAUUCUUUAAAACCACUCUGAUGGUCCUGAGUCGAUUUUCUGAUUCUCUCUGAUUCAUUAGAGGUGGCCUAUGGUAUGUGCCCUGUUGGUUUCCCUAUUUGGGGUAUGGGGCUGAGUGCUGCCCAGGGAUCUUUGACAGGGAAGGGCGAAUCUCUACGAA